GCAAAGAAUACAGGUAAAGUGGAUGAUUAAAUUAUGCUUUAUGGCUAUAUAAGUGUCAUUCUGUAUUAGAAAUGAAUGCUGAUUUUUAAUGGAUGAACAUACACAUAAUAGAUAGCUGAUUAAGCUAUUGUGUCCCACUUUACCUACAGUCACCCUUUAUUGAAUGGCCCUGAAUAGUUUCAUGAAAACAUGAUUUAACAUAAGAUUCAGUCACACCAUUCAGAGUCAGAUAUUUCCUACUAUUUGCAGUCAUCCAUGGCAACACUGUAUAUCCGGUAACUCAACCAAUGCUAUUUUUUUCAGAGCACAUGAGUAUUAAUGUGUUAAUAUUACAGUAACAUUGCUGCAGUGUUUGUCUUGUUGCUAGGCUGAUUAUUUUGUAAAUUUUAGUAUGUAAUGGAAAAUAUGAUUUGCAUUUACAAUUAUCUGGUUAUAUUGUAAUAUAAAAACAGCACAAAAAAAAUCAAAUUCAUAAUUUUAGCAUUUAUGUGUUAGUGCCUGUCUGUGCGAACUUCUGCAUGUAUUAAAAGGGCUUCUAAAAUAGCACCCUUCAUCCACUGCACUUAAUCCAUCAGGAGUUUACAUGGGGACUCCAAAGGACAGAUUCCCAUGGCAACUGAUUUAUAUCCUAUUUAAAAUGGGAGGGUAGUUUAAUUAGCUUAACACUGGUUAUUGCUCAAGGCCGGCCGUUCUUGAUUGGAGGUCCAUGUGUGUGAGGAGAGAGGUCAUUGCUUUGUGGUAUCCAUGAGGUGUGCCUAACUAAAUAGUAACAGCACCUGUGGAUCCAGAUACCCCCCUCUCCAGCACCUCAGUGGCAGCGACGCCCUUCAUCUUCUGGGUAAUUAAUGACCAGCUUCAGGCUAAAUGAGCUUCAAAUGGCCUGACCACCAGAUUACAUAUGGUGAUUUUUUUUUCUGGAAAAAUUGCACCUCUAAUUGUGUCUCUUCAGUUGUUGCAAAUUGAGACAUUUGGUUUUGUUGGUUUCAUGUGAGGGGGAUUUAUAAUUGAAUGAGAGUGCUUGAAGUGAUUUGUUAAUUAGUCAAAGGUGGUGAAAAUCAUGUACAUCCUUAAUAUAAUCAUUCUUCAAACAAAGCUAAUCUUUUGUAAUGAUAUUAAUUACACACAAUUACUUGCUUAAAUUGAUCAGUGUGUGAAAAGCAUGGCAUGGCUAUUAUACUAUUACGGAAGGGAGAUUGAAUUGUUUCUUUGAAGGCGGUUGAAAUAUGCUUUAGGUCAGAAUCAGGCAUUAGUUUUCAGAGACGGCUGGGUUUCUGGACCCCAUUACUAUCUUGUCAAUCACGGUGCUUUCUUCCUCCUCGCUAUGUGAUGGCUGCAGAAAAAUGAAUGUCCAGCAUCACGUAUAGCAAAUAAAGUCAUAUAAAGCCUUAUAAUUACAACCCCAGAAUUCCUAAUGAUUUGUUCGUUUGUAUUUUUCCAGCUCUUGUAAAUACCGUUGCAGCAAUUUGAUGGAGAAACACUGCUUUAAUCACCUUUAACAGGCUUUAGAAGAGAAGGGAAGCUGUUGUCGUUAGCUAAUUCACUGGAACAUGUUCAGAUCUGUAGCGCUGAUCUGUGUGAUGGCAUUAAAGAUUUUUUUUUUAAGGAUCUUCAGGAAAAUGCUUUAAUGCUCAAAGGCACAGAGGGCUGCUGAGAUGGAGUAUUAACCAGCUUUAGCUCAGAUUCUCUGUUACCUGUGGGAAAUUCAGAAUAAAGGGAAAAGUAAAGUCGAUAUGCUUGUGUGUUCAGAAUAUUACUUAGAUAUAUGUGAGGAAUUUAGUAGUUAAUGCUUAAAAUGAAGCAGGAUGGUCUGUUCCACAAUAAACCAAAAUGAUCUCAUGAGAAAUCACAUUUAUUUCUCUAUGCAUAUCACUGUCAAAUGACAAACUCAUUAUGAAGUAAUUAACUGGUGAUUUAUAAGAUUAAUUAAUCAGCCAUAUGAGAAAUCAGCAAAAGUGGGCAUCAAGUCAACAUUGUUCAUUCUCAGUUCCAAAAUAAGCAACAUGCCCAAGUAUGAAGCACCACAUUGUUGUGCAAUAGCAGAUGGCACUAUGUUUCCAUGGUAACCAAAAUAAGGUUUCAUUAAAUUGUUAGGGUGCUAAUACCGUGAAGGAUGAUGAACAAGUAACCCAAGAAGCCUCAUCGCUCUAGUUACAGUAUUAUUUAAUAAUACGACAAUGUAGUGACACAACAAAGUAAAUAACCCGCGUUACGCAUUUCAGGUACCAACAAUCUCAACUACUUUCUUUCGUAAAUGAACGCAAUUCCAACAAACGUGCAUGUCUCAGGAGAGCGAGCGGGAAAAAAAAAGCCCAGCUGAACCUGAAACGGUGUAUUGUGCGCCGGCUGCUGCGUUCAUAUUAUUCUCAUCAUCUUCGCAUAUUUGGAGCGUUUCAUAGCAGGGCUGCGAGCGGGCGCGCGCGCUCGGUGCAAUAUAUUUUACUUGGAAACCGAAGUCCGAGGAAGCGCCAUCCUGUGAUUUAUUUCCAUGCCAACUUGCAUACUUGAAGCGGUUUAGUUUUUCUUACUGUUUCUAACCGAAAUGUACUAAGAUCUCGCUCAUCAUCAGUCCUCACAGUGGUGCUGAACUGCAGUCUUCACUGUUGAGCGCUCGUCAGGGGAGCGGACCUGCAUCCUAAAGCAAACCUUUCUGAGACAUUGCAGUCCUGUCACGUCUUCGGCUCUCCUAUUUGCCUCCACCACGAGAGCGGAGAGGAGAAGAAGAAGAAGCGGUUCAACGGUGGUGACAUGGCAAGAAGCAGCAUCAUUUAAAGUGGUCCAUCUUCCGCUCUUUUAAUUCCACUGCAGUAACCUGAUGCAGUGAAGGAGCUCUUGAGGCUAUGCACUUGCCUGCUUUUGGUGAAAGCAUGUUGUGGGUUACACUGCUAAGCACAAUUGCACUUGGAUGGAUGACUCCUAUCCCUCUACUUGAUGAUUCAGAAGAAAUAGACGAGCCUUGCUUUGAGCCCUGCUACUGCGAAGUGAAGGAAGGCUUGUUUCAUGUUCAUUGUGACAGCAAAGGAUUUACAAAUAUUAGCCAAGUCUCACAGUCAUGGCUUAGACCAUUCAAGCUCUACCUGCAGAAAAACUCUUUACGGAAGCUCUACUUCAACAGCUUUCUGCACUUGAACAAUGCAGUGGCCAUUAAUCUGGGCAAUAAUGCCCUGCAGGAUAUCCAUGUUGGGGCUUUCAAUGGUUUGAGCUCCCUGAAGAGGUUGUACCUUCACGAAAACAAACUGGAAGUGUUCCGGAAUGACACAUUUCUCGGACUGGAGAGUUUAGAAUACCUUCAGGCCGACUAUAAUGUUAUCAAGAGAAUAGACAGUGGGGCGUUCCGAAAUCUCCACAAACUCAGAGUGCUCAUCCUUAAUGACAAUUUAAUACCCAUGCUGCCGGCAUUUCUUUUCAGAUCUGUCUCUCUCACGCACCUUGACUUGAGAGGCAACCGACUAAAGACGUUGACUUAUAAAGGGAUUUUGGAAUAUAUCGGCCGCAGUCUCAUGGAGAUCCAGUUGGAGGAGAACCCUUGGAACUGUGUCUGCGAUAUCAUCCAGCUCCAAGCCUGGCUGGAGCGGAUUCCAUACACUGCAGUUGUUGGUGAGAUCACAUGCGAGUAUCCUUUCCACCUCCACGGAAAGGACCUCAGAGAGAUCAAACGCAGUGAGCUUUGUCCCUUAUUGAAUGAAGCCGAGAUUGAGUCAAUUCUAGGCAUUCUCCACUUACCAUUCUACACAGGGAGGGCGAGGCCUACAAAGCCGUCGUCUAUAGUCUCCCCCAAUCAAAACACUGUUUCCUCCGUGGAACAAAGAGAAAGACCCCCAAAGCCAACAAAAAGACCCAGGCCCUCAAAGACACCACCAACACCGCGCAGCGUGUUCCCUAAUCAGCCGCCUGUAGCCGGAUACCAGACGAGGCCGCCUAUACCGAUCAUUUGCCCCAUUGGAUGUACCUGUAACUUGCAUAUUAAUGACCUUGGCUUGACAGUCAAUUGUAAGGAAAAUGGGUUUCGGAACAUUUCCGAGUUAAUGCCUCGACCAUUGAACGCUAAGAAGCUUUACUUGAGUGGAAAUCUCAUUCAGAGAAUUUACAAGUCUGAUUUUUGGAAUUUUUCCAGUCUUGAUUUAUUGCACUUAGGAAACAAUCAGAUAUUUUACGUGCAAGAGGGGGCUUUUGUUAAUCUCCCUAAUUUGAGAAGCCUUUACCUGAAUGGUAACAACAUUGUAAAGUUAACUCUUGAUAUGUUCCAUGGCUUGCACAGCCUUGAGUAUUUGUAUUUUGAGUACAAUGAGAUACGAGAAAUCCAGCCGGCUGCCUUCAGUUUAAUGCCCUCCCUGCAGCUAGUCUUUCUCAACAACAACCUCCUGCGAACGUUGCCCGUGGGAGCAUUCGCAGGUACCUCGCUGACACGCCUGAACCUGCGGAACAACUACUUUCAUUGCCUCCCAGUCAGCGGCGUUCUGGAACACCUGCAUGCUGUCGUCCAGAUCGACCUGAAUCAGAACCCCUGGGACUGCUCCUGCGACAUCAUCCCUCUCAAAGAGUGGCUGGACACGCUGAGCUUAGUAGUCAUAGUCGGAGAAGUGGUGUGUAAGACCCCCGAGCUGGUCUCAGGAAAAGAUUUACGCUCUCUGAAUUCUGAAGUGAUUUGCCCUGAGCUCCGACAGUCCUCGCUCUCUCCCGCCGAAUCAGAUAGCAGGCUUAUCACCACGUAUCCCGAGGUGGGGCCUCACCCGCCGAAAGGUGCCAUACCCCUCUCUGUUCUCAUUCUCAGCCUGCUGGUUCUGUUCGUGUCUGCCUUCUUUGCUGCUGCGGCUCUUUGCGCAUAUGCUCUUAAAAAGCGCGAAAAGCUACCCUUUAGGAAACAAGGGGAAGUGGGCCUGGCAGGCAUUCAGAUGGAAUGUGGAAUAUUCACAGAGCAGCCACCCACCUUACCAGAGACUCCUCCUUCCAAUCACGUGUACGAUAGCAUCGGUGCUCCCUCCUCACACAUGUGCAGCAACCCUGUUUACAAAAGCGGACAGGAGUCAGGGCAGAAGCAUACAUUCACAGAGACAAAAGAGAGCGGAUCGCACUACAGAACGCUGGUGGAGAAGGAAAAGGAGUGGACCAUGGCGAUCUCCAGCUCCCCCAUUAACACUAUUGUCACUGUCGGUGCGCCGUGUGGUGACAUUUCCAGCUUCCAUGAAAACGGAAUACUCUGCCCGACUGUCAUUGAUAGCCAAGGUCCCACGCCCAAGGUGGGAUUAGUGGACAGUCUUUUUGGCACAACAUCCCAGUUUAGCAACCUGUCUGACAGACACACGCACCCUCCCUCAGAGUAUCCACAUGCCAAACAGGAUGUCAGACAAAAGCAAAUGAUCACAACCACCACAGGGACAAGGACAGGAUGUCCUAAUCAAACCCAAAGUGAUUACCCUGAGCUGAGGGCUAGACUCAAAACAAAGAUGGAUUACAUUGAUAUGCUGGAGAGGUCAUAUCAAUUUUAAGACCUGUCAGAUAUAAGACUGCACAUCCAAAAUGAAAAUGGUAAGAUGGAAAAAGAAUUUACGCAAUGUGCGAUGGUACGGUUUUCCCUCAGGUUGCUCUGGAGGAAAUCCCUCGAUCCGAUUUUUUAAAGUGCCUUCAUAAGAGCAGCCAGCAAUGUUGUAAAUGAGUAUUUUUGUAUCACAGUUUUAUUUAUCUAAAAUACAUAGAUUUACAUUAGAGGGAAAAGGAUCCACUGCUGUUUCCAGACUUUGCGAUGUUGGUAAACAUGUGACGCAAAUUAUACAUAUGAAUGCAGGGCGUUUGGUCUUGGCUUUUAACUUGUUUGCAUUGAAAACUUCAGAAAUAUUUUUUAUUUAACUGAAAAUGGUCCUUCAGCAAUAGAGAUACUGCAGUUAUUGUAUAACUGUUAAGUGCUUUGUUGAAUCUGUAUUUUCAAAUUGAGUAGAUUGGCUUUAUUGGGACUUAUUGAAUGGUUUUAUGGACCAUGGUUUUAUGGACAUUUUAAUGUGUUAAGGUCAACACAUGUAAAAGCUUGGGGACUAUCGAUCAUGUCUAUGGAUGUACCUUUUCAUGGUCUAUCACACAAAAAGGCGAAGACAGAUCUGUGCAUAUAUUUAUUCUUAGAUUUCAGUGUUGCAAUUAUUAUUGUAAGACAUCAUGUUAAAUCAGUGUAUAACGAUUAUGCUUCUGGUUUAGCCUUCCUUUAAAAAAAAAAACCCACAAAUUCAAUAAAGGGUGCUAAACUAA